AUGGCGGUUGCUGGUGGUGGCGAUAUUGAGGAGCUCGUGAAGCAGAUCACAAGCCACCCUGGCGUGCAGGGGAUGAUCAUCGUGAACACAGACGGUAUUCCCAUUCGCCACACCUUUCAGGAGCACUCUCGGCUCCUUGCGGUGCAGUACAGCGCGCUGUUUCAGAGUCUGGCCAUGAAGGCCCGGAGCACGGUGAUGGAACUAGACAACAACAAUGACCUUCUUUUUCUCCGUGUUCGGUCUAACAAGCACGAGGUACUUGUGGCACCCGACACAAAGUACCUAUUGAUCGUUAUUCAGCAGGUAGAGAAAGCCGGAGAGGCGCCGAUUGAUCAGGGACGGAAGGCAUAG